UCGUUUCGUUUGUUUACUUUUUCUGCAAAAUCACAAGACGAAAAAACGUGUCAAGAGAAUAACGUGCGUCAAAAUGAAAGAAGUGUAUUUACUGUCAUUAUUAUUAGCACCUUACUAUUGGGUUCAAUCAAAUGUUGCUUCGGUUGAACAAGACUUUACAAGUUAUGGAUGUGUUUGUAAAGAUUAUAACUGUGGGUGUUGUGCACACUUAGAAGUUCCAAGAGUUGGACUUAAUGAUACAGGAUGUGUGAAUUUGACGUACUUGCCAAAAGAGUAUGGUAUUUCUUUCACAAUGACUAUUGAUAACCUUGUAAUCUACAAUGAGACUAUAUCUGCUCGUAAUCCUCCCCCAAUUUGCUUUGGAGCCCCAAUGUUGAAGGAAUAUGCAGAAUUGUGUGUACACUUCUAUGACUUGAGUGUUAGUACAACAAAAGCUCAUGGCUGUGUUCAGGUUGAAGCAAGGCUGCACAAAGUAGUAGUUGCCACUUAUAAAAUUGGCUGCUUUGAUAUAGGAAACAUUGAUAGAUGGAAAAAGUAUCACAAAAAACUGAUUGAAAAAAUACUAAGAAAAGAAAGUAAUAUUACUUUAAAACUUGCAUAACUGUAGUUAACCCUCUCGUCACCAAAUUAUGAGAAAAUAAGAAAGUAAAUAAUUGUUAUUUCUAUUUAUACUACUAUUAUUUAAUGGUACUAUUAUUUAAUGGAAAUAAAAAAUUGUUCUUUAAAUCAUGUGCAAAAUAAUUUAUAUUUUCAAAAGCUAUCUCUCUUUUGUUUAAAAAAAAUGCUGUAGGAGAUCCUUUAUAUAUGUUUUUUUUUUUUUUUUCAAAUGUUUAAGAAAUUGAUUUUGUUUAAAGUUAAUUUAGAAGCUCACGCAUAGCAUUAAAGGUGAAUAGUGAGGAAAUGUUUAGGUGCCUCAAAAAAAAAAAAAAGCAUUUUAAAUAAUUAAUUCUUUUUUUUUGGAAACAAAUAGCCCUGAAGGUCAACAGUAAGACAUUGGUAUCUGUGGUGUCAUGUAAGAACGAUUCUUGCAAAAACUUUAAGACCUCAUGGCAUGUUGUUCAGGAUUACAUAAUGUCACUGCCCAAAAGAAAAAAAAAAGUAAUUUUGUGGUUAUUUUAAAAUAAAACAUUUCUACUUGAAGUAGAAGCAGCCUCAUUUAAGGUUUAGGGUGACGAGAUGGUUAAAUUAACUUUAUUUUUGAUACCUUUAUUGAUGGACUAUGACUUUUAAAAUUUAUGUUGUGUGUGUUUAAUAAAGGCCAAUUUUUUAACUUUUUGUAUAAAUCAGGUUUACAUACUGGUACUUACAAUUGAUAACUAAUCUUAAGUGGUAAAUCAUAGAAUUGAUUUUCACUGCUAUGUUUUUUAAAUUUAUUCAAAAAGUUUUUGAAAUAUCUUCUUACUUAAUUUAAUUAAUUGUGGUUGUUUGACUUGUGAAAUCAAUCUAAAAAAAUGUAUUCUCAUUAAUAUAUUUCGUAAAGUUUUUGUAAGUUAUUAUAAAUUAGAAGGUUGGAAACCUCAUCAACCUUUUUGUUCUUUUGCAAAUUUUGGUGUUACUGUUGAACAUUUUGCUUUGUAUUUUUUGUAAUUACGGUAAUUUUGGUUUGAAGUAAUAAAAGUAACUUUGUUUGUA